CCUCGUUCUAUAUCCUUGACAGAGUAACCAAAUAUCUUCUAGCUCUUGGCAUACAAUUGCUAUCACUGUGCUGAUCAAACUGAACCGGUUUAGUGCAUUGAUUUUGGGGUACUUCAAUACCAUAUCAACAUAGGCUAUUCUCACCGUUGAUGAAACGAGCAAGACUUUUCGUGAAAUCAGAUGCUGUAGCAGAAGAACCGUGUGGGAAACCUCAAGAACAUACCACAUUGACCCAUCGUACCACUGGUACCAUUUACGCAGCGAAUAUUUGCCAUGGCUACCUAUCGCAAUAAUAUCAGCAGAUACUAUAACGGAAGCAAACGUUCGCUAGCCACAAGACAGGCGUCUGUCACAGAUACAAAUAAUGGAGGUAAUUUGCGCAACGCGAGCGGGAUCCAUGCCCAGUCAAGGGGUAGAAAGCCAAGCGGAUUUUGACCACAACAAAACAGUCAUUAUGUUCAUUUCAAAAACUUACAAAGUCCUUUGCUCCGUUCUUAUCAGCCUCCUAUGGAGCCCGAUGACAAGGGGGAACCACUAGCAUCAAGGCCGUGUAGCCAAGCACAGAAGCCGUCUAUCACCGCCCGGCAGCUACAGAAGAGCGACACACCUGCCGUCACAAGCUCAGACCAGAGCUCAUCAUGGGAGCCGAAAAUCCAAUACAUCGACCCGAUCACCACUCACUCCAAAGCUCUAAUUUUCACCCAAACGCGCUGAAAACGAGGUCCCACCUGCCAAGAAACAUGGUCAGCUGCAAAAUAUCAAUAUGUUAUCAUCACUAGCUCUCGUCCCCAUGUUUGAUGGAGCCAAUUAUUCCUCGAACGAAGGAUUCCUACUCCAGAAUAGCGGCCAACAGCUGCAGCAAACCUCGCUUGCGAUUAUCAAGCAGUCAUAGUCACCCCCUACUGAACGGAAGUUCAAGCGCCUCUCAAGAAAGUUACUCAGAUGGGUGGCGCCCCAAAGAACGUAGUCGACAAACUCUAGCGCCAUGAUCGUAUACCCUCAUCUAUGCUGUAUUGAACUUCGGUCUGGUUGAUUGCACACUGAACAGUCUUGAGUAGUCGAGAGGCAGUGAGUCGGAUACUUCUCAAUGUCGUGCUUUAUGCCGUCGAAAUUGGCACAAAAUUAGGAAAGGGGGUCAAAGAGCCGUAAAUCUUGUGCUUGGCGUCAGGGGUACUUUGUUAGGCAGAUCACGAUGCUGCAAAUAAGGACACAAAGAUUAAGUGGCGGU